UUUUAACAAGAAAUUAUUAAAAAGACUUCAAGGCUCUUGUCCCUAGUAAGAUUAGUAAGGAAUUCUAUUUAUCAGUCAAUUAUUAAGAGAGAAAUCAUGCUUCUUAAGUCAAUUUCCAUAGCACAGCUAGGAUGAAAAUUGUGAAAGCAAUGGUAAGUCAUAAGACAUUUCCUCCACUAGAGUUCAUUAAUUCAUUUAGUUUUCCCAUAGUGUGGUUCAUCAUAGUAUCACUCUUGCCAAAGCCGUCUUCAAGAUCAUUCAUUAAGCUCUCCUCAUCCUUCAAAGUUGACGUUAUACUCUUUGAUAGCUUCUUGAUAGAGGAAAUAUUAUGUGCUAGAACUCCUAUCUGGGCAUUGUUAUCCUUCUGCAUUUGCUUCUCAACCAAGGUGUCACCCUCUGAUGAGGAUGGACUUGGUCUUCUGACAGCACUGCCUCUGGCUUUCUUAAUCAUUUUUGACAGGUGUUAGUACUUAUUA